AUGCCAGACUCCUAUCCGACUUACGACUCGUUUCGCACUGACCAGGGUCUUCCGAUUUCCAAUGGCAGUUCGAUCUCGACGCUGGACAUCUCCGGCGGUACACAGCAAGCACCAAACAGUGUGCUUCGUGUUAUUAUCGAGAAUAUGAUCUAUCCAGUGACCCUGGACGUCCUGCACACACUCUUCUCUCGCUAUGGCAAAGUGCUGAGGAUCAUAACAUUCAACAAGAAUAACACGUUCCAAGCACUGGUCCAGAUAAGCGAGGCUAAUGCCGCACAACUCGCCAAACAGAACCUCGAAAACCAAAACGUCUACAACGGGUGCUGUACUUUGCGUAUUGACUACAGCAAAUUGAGUACACUUAAUGUGAAGUAUAAUAAUGACAAAAGUCGUGACUAUACGAAUCCUAAUCUUCCUUCCGGAGAAAUCAGCCUCGAGCAGCAGCUAGGACUCGGAAUCCCAGGUCUUCAAUCACUUCUACCGACGGCAUCCCCCUAUUCAUUUGCAUUCGGGACCAAUCCAGCGGCCACAUUCAUCCCUUCGACGAUAGGAGCAGAGGCAACUGCCCUGUCUCAGUACCUUCCGUCAUUGACAGCUCUCGGUGGAGCCGUCGGCGGUCUUACCCCAUCAACGCUCACCUCUCUACGAUUUCCCGUUAACAUACUCAGUAUUACAUCAGUGGUUUUGGUAUCGAAUUUGGACGAAAAUAAGGUAUCUCCCGACGCCCUCUUCACUCUGUUCGGUGUCUAUGGAGACGUAGUUCGUGUGAAAAUUCUCUAUAACAAAAAGGAUAAUGCCUUGAUACAGUACUCGGAACCUCAACAAGCCCAGCUAGCCAUGCAGCAUCUGGACAAAAUCCGAUGGCACGAUCGUGUGAUUCGGGUUGCACCAUCCAAACAUAACAACGUUCAAUUACCAAAAGAGGGUCAACCAGACGCGGGUCUAACCAGAGAUUAUUCCCAUUCACCGUUACAUCGCUUUAAAAAGCCUGGCAGCAAGAACUACAUGAACAUAUAUCCACCCAGCUGUACCCUUCAUCUGUCUAACAUUCCACCGAACAUUUCCGAACAAACGCUGACCGAAGCAUUUGAGACGAAUGGCUUCACUGUGAAGGCGUUUAAAUUCUUUCCGAAGGAUCACAAAAUGGCACUGUGCCAAUUGGAAGACGUCGAAACGGCCAUCGACGCCCUCAUCGCUAUGCACAAUCACAAAUUGGCCGAGAACGCUCAUCUACGGGUCUCGUUCUCCAAAUCUGGAAUCUAG